AUGGCAGAUAAACAGGGCUUCUUAACAAAGGAAGGUGGCUCAAUAAAGACAUGGAGAAAGAGAUGGUGUGUGCUAAAGAAUGGAUCGAUAUAUUACUCAAAGAAUGCAAACAGUUGUGAAUUGGGAACUAUUCAUUUGAAGAACGUAACAAAUGUAGUACAGAGUCAAAGAAAGAAGAAGAAUCUGUUCGAGGUGGAGACACCCGAUCGCACCUACUACAUGAAGGCCACAUCGCCAGACGAGAUGCAGAGUUGGAUAAACAUACUCAACAAGACACUGGCCAAGAUGAAAUCUAGCGCCUCUGCCGGCCAGCCCACCAAGGAGCGUGUUGGAGUCGAGGACUUUGACCUGCUCAAUGUCAUUGGUAAAGGCAGCUUUGGCAAGGUGCUUCAAGUGCGCAAGAAGGACACUGGCAUGAUCUACGCGAUGAAGGUGCUCAACAAGAAGAACAUCGUCGAGCGCAACGAAGUGGACCAUACACGUGCCGAGAAGAACAUCUUGCAGAAGCUGGUGCACCCCUUCCUCAUCAACCUCAACUACUCCUUCCAGACUGACGACAAGCUAUACUUCAUCAUGGACUACAUCAACGGUGGCGAACUCUUCUUCCAUCUGCAGAACGAGGAGAAGUUUGAUCUGGCGCGCGUCAGGUUCUAUUGCGCCGAGAUCGUCUGCGGCCUCGAGUACCUGCACAACUGCGGCGUCAUGUACCGCGACCUCAAGCCAGAGAACAUUCUGCUCACUGCCGACGGACACAUCUGUCUCACCGACUAUGGCAUCAGCAAAGAGGGUCUGCUGAGCGACGACGACCGCACCGCCACCUUUUGCGGCACGCCAGAGUAUCUGGCGCCAGAGAUCCUCAAGGGAGAGGCCUAUGGCAAGGCCAUUGACUGGUGGUCGUUUGGCACGCUAGUCUUUGAGAUGCUCUCUGGUCUGCCGCCAUUCUACUCCUCAGACAUCCGCAUCAUGUACAAUAAUAUUAUGACCCAGAAGUUAGUGUUCACUCCACAGUUUACCCAGGAAUCAAGAGACUUUAUAACUGCACUGCUCGAAAGAGACCCAAACAAACGACUGAAGGAUGCAAAGGUGAUCAAGUCACACAAGUUCUUCGCAGGUAUCGACUGGGAGAAGUGCGUUAGGAAGGAGCUGGUGCCACCAUUCAUCCCGCCAGUCAAGGGAAAGAAUGAUACGAGCCAGGUGGAUGCAGGCUUUUUGGCCGAGACAGCCAAGCUGUCCGCCGAGAACCACACGUCCAAGCUGAGCAGCUCCCUCCAGAAGAACUUUGAGGACUUUACCUUUGUAAAUGACAACGAACAUCUAAUGCAUAAGAACUUAUAA